CAGAGCACAUUUCCCAAAAUGCAGCGUUUAAAACGUUUUAGAGCAACGGUGGCAUUCCUCAUUAUUUGUGGUCUCCGUUUUAUAAAUGGAAAAACUAUAACUGCCAUUGUGAACGACUCUGUGGUGUUACCCUCUGGAGUGCCGUCUGAGUUUCAUCCUACAGAAAUCCAUUGGUCACUUUUUUCAAAUGUGACACUGAUUGCUACGUUAAUAUCUGGCAAAAUCAGGGAUAAUCGAUAUGAACAGUUUGAGAAUCGACUGAAACUUCACACCAACAAUGCCUCCCUGGAAAUCUUGCAGCUGCGAACACAAGAUAGCAUGACAUAUUAUGUGUCUGUUUUCAAUCAGAGCAGCAUUGAGCACCAAAGUGAAAUUACAUUGAUUGUCUAUGAUAAACUUCAACCCCCCAAACUGGAGGUUUUACAGACUUCGAAUGAAAACAACGAAUGCACUUUCAAAUUUGAGUGCUCAGUACAACAAGUAAAAAAUGUGGAUUACUUUUGGAAUGCUAUGACCACUAAUGUAACCUGGAAGGAAAAUGUGCCCUCUUCAGAAAACAGAACAUCCGUUUUAAAGAUUUCCCAAGUUCCAGUGAACUUAAAUGUGACAUAUAAUUGCAAAGUGUCUAAUAACAUGACCAAAGCUUCAGCUACAAUGUCAGUAAGCUGCAUUGCAAUCAAGAAUGAUUCCCAUCGACACCAGACACUUCUAAUCAUUGCCUUCUUCUUCGUAUUGUUUGUGAUAAUCUGCAGUUUUAUAUUUGUUUCUAAGAAAAAAAUAAAGAAAACUCUUAAUUGAGA